GGGAGAGGGGCAGGGGAGCCCGGACGGAGCUCGUGGGGUGUCAGGGCUCUUUCUACCGUCCCCGCUUUGAAAAGGAGAAGGGAAAAUGUGCCUCGUAAUGUAAAACAGGGAUUUGGAGGAAAGCACAACCCCAGCGAGGGCUCUCGACACUGGCAAGAAGCUCCUGGCAGUGAGGUGACAAAAGGAUCACUACUCACUGUCUGUCCUUUGUGCAUUCUGUCUCGCCGUGUCUGAUUCCACAGUGACUCCGAGUACCAGCAAUGCCCAGGGGAAGGAGCUGUGUGUCCCUGCAUCCGGCACUGCCAGUCACAGCAGUGUCAAGCAGCCUGCAGCAUUUCUUCUGGCUCUGAUGAGGUGCCAGGGAGACAGGUUUUGCUUUAAGAGUCAGAGGAACCUCCCCAGUGGAGGAUGUUCUCCCCUGGUAUGGUUUCCAGGCGUGGGUCUCCUAUGGGAGGCCUCAACAGCACUUAUAGGCAGUAAAACUUUUAUUUUGCAUGGUGAUUGUGUAUAUUGUCUUUCUUCUGAUGGUGCAGCCUCAGCUUGCUGUAAACUCCAGGUCCAGUUUGCAGGGCUGUUACCUGUCCUGUGUUUUCAUUUUCUGCCCCUGCUUAGAUGUAGUUAGUUUUCUGUUCCUGCUUAGAUGUAGUUAUUUGUUCUUGUGACCUUAUGUUGAGUAUUUUCUUUCAAGCAGUUUUCCCCAAUUCUUUGACAUGAUUUUGAAUGCUCUUCUCUCUCUCUCUCCAGUGGGCUUGUGGACUGCCCAGCAUCCUCUACAAAUACUAUCAGAUGCCCUCAGAUUGCCAAGUGCUGAUCCUCGCAGUAUUUCCAGGUAGCUUUAGUGCCUGUGACACUCCCUGUGCAGAGGGAGCUUUCCCUUCACACUCUUGAGCAUUGGAGUUUUAAGGUAAAGUGAAUUGUGGAAUCACAGAAUAUCCUCAGCUGGAAGGGACCCACAGGGAUCAUGGAUUCCAACUCCUGGCCCUGCACAGACACACCAACAAUCCCACCUUGUGCAUCCCUGAUAGUUUUGUCUGAACACUCCUGGACCGGGAAGUUUGGAGUGGAGCUCAUUUUCCCUGUGAGGAAUUUCUUGAAACUGCCUCAGUGUCUUGGCCAGUCAACAUAGCACUGACUUCUGCACCCAAAAGCUUAAACUUUCUCUUCUAGGAGGCACAGAGAGGAGUUGGAAAGUUUCUCUGCUUUGCUCACUGCUGCAAGCACAGGCCCUGUUAGUCCCAGACAGUGAUUGUGCUGCUUCUCUUUUUCUAGAGAUGACACUCCCCAUGUCCCCAAUGAGCAACUUGGAGAAGAAAAGGUUCUGUACAUAAUAGCAAAUCUGACUUCUCUGAUAAAGAAGACAUUUCCAGGUACCAAGGUCUAUGCAGCAAUGGGCAAUCAUGACUUCCACCCCAAGAAUCAAUUUCCUGGGAAGAAGCACAGGAUCUACAACCAGACAGCGGAACUGUGGCGGCCCUGGCUGAGUGAUGCCUCCCUUCCUCUUUUUAGAACAGGAGCUUUCUACAGCGAAAAGCUGCCUGGCCCAGGGAUGAGGGGACGGAUGGUUGUCCUCAACACCAACCUGUACUAUGACCAGAAUGAUGAGACAGCUGGUGAGGAGGAUCCUGGGGGGCAGUUCCAGUGGCUGGAAGAAACCCUGACCAAUGCCUCUAGAGCAAAUGAAAUGGUCUACAUUGUGGGGCACGUCCCUCCUGGCUUCUUCGAGAAGAAACGGGGCAAGCCCUGGUUCCGGAAGGGCUUUAACGAGCGCUACCUGGGAAUUGUGCAGAAGCACCACAGGGUGAUCGCUGCCCAGUUCUUUGGGCACCACCACACUGACAGCUUUCGCAUGUUCUACAGCGACACAGGUACUCCAAUCAAUGUCAUGUUCCUGGCCCCUGGAGUGAGUCCCUGGAAAACAACAUUACCUGGAGUGAGCAAUGGAGCCAACAACCCUGCGAUUCGGGUGGUCCACUAUGAUCAGGACACCCUUCAGGUCUUGGAUAUGGUGACUUACUACUUGAACCUUACUCGUGCCAACAUGAUGGCCUUGCCACGGGAGGAAGAGUUCCCAGUGUGGGAAGAAGAGUACAGGCUGACAGAAGCCUUCCAGGUCCCUGAUGGCUCUGCAAGCUCCAUGCAGAAGGUGCUGGAGAGGAUCUCGAGGGAUCCACACUAUUUGCAGCUGUACUAUGACUUUAACUCUGCCAGAUAUGACCUAGAGCCGUGCAAGCAGGAAUGCCGUGUGGAUCACGUGUGUGCCAUCAGGGAAGUUGAUUUUAUAAAGUAUGAUGAGUGUGUGAAAACCAACAGCUCUGCCCUUGCUGCCAGCAGUGUUUGGCUUUUGGUUUUCUGCGUGUUCUUAGGAUUUCUCAGUCCUCAGCGAGUGCUGUGAUGGCCAAGAGCAGGAGAAAAGGAGGAGGGCAUGAGAUCACACUACACUGCACAUGAAUUGGUGAUUUUGGCAUUGAGAACUUGCUUGGAAACCAGGACAAAACUGUCAGUGUUUACUAAAAGCCCUGUGAUGCUGAUUUGAAUUUUUCUAGACAAGCUUGAUGUAUGAAGAGCAAUGUUUUUGAGAGCCUUGCUGUGCCAAAGUGACUGCAACAAGGAGUGUCUCCCCUCUGCUGGGACUGCUGGGGCAGCCUCACAAAUCAGAUGAAGACCAGGCCUCCCUAUGGACAUGAACUGGCAAGGGGUGAGGGUAGGGAGCUGCCACAUGUUCCAGAGGCUGUUGCCAGCAUUCCUCAUGUUGGCACACACUUUUCCAAGUUUGCACAGAGGAAGUGGUGUUGUGGUGGUUUUGCUCCACAGCAGCCUGUGGCUUAUGAGCAAAGCAAGGUGGGGUGGCAGUGUCUGGACUUCUGCAAACUUUGGUGUUUCAGUGCUGAAGAUGAAGCACAGAUGAUUAUUUGUGCCUUACUGUUGAGCAUAAAUAACUCUCCACUCUCUUCUGUGCUCUCUUCACUCAGCUCCACUGUGUUCCCUCCCUCAGCUGGGCUUGGCAGCAGUGAGAUCUGAGGUGGUGAUUUACAACCUUGGGUUUGCCAGCUGUGCUGAGGCCCUGGAGGGAGCCAGUGCAGUGCUGGUAUUGGACUCCAGGUGUGGGUGGAGGGGGAGCAGGAUCAGUGCUCUGUGUGUGAAAGUGGCUCUGGGCUCUCCUGGGGCCCUGAUGGGGGGAUGGAAGGGAGGAAGCUCUGUUCUGUGAUGUUGGAAUGUUAAAUACCUCUUACUGCUUUACAGGUUCCAGGACCUUUGGGGAAGGGUUAUUUAACAACUGCAACCCAAACCUGAAGGUGUUGAUCCUUACUCCAGGCUCUUACUUCACACUCCCUCCAGUACUCCCUCUCCCACACCCAGCAGGUAAAGCCCAGAGCCACCACACAGCUCCUAUGUGUGAAGACCUGUACAGAAACAUUGCUCCCCCUUUAUCUACCACUGAUUGAGACUUUUGAGAGUAAAAAAUUUCAGAUGA